AUGACUCGAGGUAAUCAGAGAGACAAGGCGCGCGAGAAGAAUCUCAAAGAGCAAGCUGGACAGAAAAAGAAAAACACGCAAUCUGGCACCGAGUUUCAGCGGACGAAAGAACAACAGGCAGCCAUCAUGCGAGAAAAGCAGGCAAAAGGUGGGUUUCUAUAUUCCUCUACUGUGUAG